CCACCCCGGGUCUGUUGUGGGUUGGGUGCUCGUUGAAUUCGCGAUGCUCGGGCCAGAGAGGGUGUUGUUCACAGUAUUCUAUCAGCCAAUCUUUUUCCUCUUCGCGUCGGUCGGCGGGUGAGAGGAUUGACAUUUCUUCACGCCUCUUGCGUCCCCUGGCUUUUGAAGGUGGAUCGACGAGGACGAUGGCAACGGCCGAACGAGGUGCCGGGAGUUCGCACACGAGAACUAUGGCACAACUCAGGAGCGGGGAAGUUCUCUUCCUCCUCGUCUUCCUUCGCUAACCAGCUAACGGUAAACACGGGAGUAUGUCAACAACAAUCAAGUCCUUCUAUUCCUCCAUGGACUACCACACAUGUCCAUUCUAUUACUCGUAUGCCUCCCCUUCCCCUUCCUCUGACUCCCGUGCUGACAAAGGAAGGACAAACUCCCACCGUCUGUAACCUCUGGACAUGCAACACUCCAGGCACCUGAUUUUCCGGUUUUCCUCACAGCCUUUCCCCAUUCCCUCCGGCGGAUGCAUUGAUCCAAAACCUCCAUGCAUUCAUUCCCUGCGGCCAGAAUGCGCUCCCAAGAGCCAAAACAUGCCUGAAGGCAGGGUGUGUUCCCACAGCUAUCUGAAGAAACCAACUAUCAUGCAUGAGAUAAGCACCGCGCGAUUUCUAACACUGGUGCACCGUGCCAAUAUGAGGCGUUCUGUUUGGACUGUGAGGUCUUGGCAAUAUAACAAACGUGCCCCCCCCGCUCCCCCGAUUCUCGCUCCCCAUAAAUAAUCCUGAUUCUUAAUGAGUUACUGGAAACAACCACAGUGUUUUAUCACCGAGCUUGGAAAAUACGAGGGGGGUCCAUAGGGGGAGUUUAACAUUGUUUUGGCUUUUAUUACUAGUCCUAAAUACUGGCAGAGACGUGAUGCGGGCCUCCUAGUGCAAAUUCCUCGUCUUGGCACGGAUUUCAGCCGCACCCUCUGAACUCAAUAUUUUUGAGUUUUGCGGAACAAUUCCUGUAGUCUGAUAUUCAACUACCGUAUGUGAAUUAUUAGGUUGGGCUCUCUAUCGAAAGGGAUUUACUGAAUCUAUCUGCUAGAUAGGUGUAGAGUGCACAGUGAAGAUUGGCAUACGGUAUUGCGUGGAAGAUCAGCGGGUGCACAUUUCUCCGGUUACCCCGCCAACUCGGGGCAAGAGUGAAAGGGCUGUCAAUGCCCGUAGCCUGGCCAUCACCGUACGGAGUAAGUCAUCCCCUCCCUGCCCAUUCAUUCCUCCUCCCUAUCCGGCCCCGUAUUAUCGUUCGAUCGCUUGCCGCCUGGGCACUUGUCCCGCAUCGCAAGUGCAUGAAAAUGGGGGAUUAAAGUGCCUAUCCGCGAACCAAUCCAAACGCGCCCCAUGUUGCGCGGAACCUUUGGCCCGGAAU